GUACAAAUUCUCAUAGUCAAAUGGGAGAAAAAUGUACAGAUAUGUAUCUCGUUUCAGCACUUCAUGGUCACUGUAGUAUUGUCAGUCUUCUGCUCAAGUACAACAGCUCUGUUGUGUCAGUUUGUGACUGGUGUGGAGUCACUCCUCUGAUCGAUUCUUGUCGAGGAAACCAUGAUGCUGUUGUAAUGCUGCUGUUGAAGAGUGGUGCUUCUGUCAGUGAAUCUGAUAACAUGGGACUGACAUGUCUGCAUGUCGCAGCUCAGGCUGGAAGUUGUAAGGUGAUGCAACUGCUCAUUGAAGACCUAAACAUGGAUGUAAAUUUGGCAACUAAGAAAUCAAAAUUCACGCCACUUCAUUGUGCGGCCAGUUCAGGACAACUUGAUGCAGUAAGGAUGCUGUUACUGAAUGGUUCAGAUCCCACGCUGAAGGAUACUCAUGGACGUCAAGCCCAAGAGGUGUUGUGUCCUGGACCUAAAAGGCAGGACAUCCUGAUUCUUCUUCGUAAGAGCGAACUGCAUAAGAAUGAGGCGUAAUUUGUUCUGCUAUGCCGUUUCUAAGAAAUAAUAUACAGGGGAUCUUGUAAUGUUUCAUACUACUUCACACAUUCAAAAUGUCACUGCAUAUUAUUGAUAUGAAUUAUACUGUGCUGAGAUAAUGAAAAUAAAUUAAAGUCUCUCUAUAAUUACUGCA